AUGGAAAAUGCAAAGAAAAUGAUACUUAUUGAACCUGGAUUGAUUGAAAAAUUAAAACAGGAAAAUAAGGUUAAUAGUAAUUUGUCUCGAUUAGAUAUUGAAAUGCAAAACAUUAUGAAUAGUAAGACGGAAGACCGUAAGAAGUGGAUGUUAUAUUUACAAACACUACAAAGAUACCUUCACUUUACCGAAGAGGAUCGUCAACCACUCAGACUACCAAUUUAUUCUAAUACAUCUAAUGAAGAUUCAAAUGAGUCUAAAAUUGUCUUUAAAAAUAAAGACAGCGACCUAAAACGUAUAGUUAAUGCCGAAGCUUUGUUGGGAGAGAAUGGAUCCAUUAAAAGUGAAGAAAAUGAUACAAAUCCACUUUACACACCAACUCAAAUACUCAGUUUAAUACCAAAAACUUAUAAUAAAAAAGGUCAGUUAUUAUUAAAUUUAGUGGGAACAAAUAAAAGUAAAAUACAUUGGGAUAAUGAAGGCACAGUCAUAAUUGAUAAUGAAAAAAUUCCUGGAAGUAAUAUCGUUGAUUUAAUAAAUGAUUCACUAAGACCCUUAAAAAAAAGUGAUCCGAUAGGGUGGGAUAGAUUUGCUAAAGCAUUAAAAGAUAUUAAAGUACCACUUACUUAUAUUGGAAACCCGAAAAGAUGUGAGUUUAUUAAUCAUCUUCAAGCAAAUGAUCUGAAAAUAACCUCUGAGAUUGAAGAUCAAGAGUUUUCUACACCGAGCAGUGAAGAUAAAAGAUCUUUAAAUAAAAUACGGAGAAAGCUCGAAUGGGAAAAAUGGACCCCGUAC